AUGCCUCGUCGGUCUCAUCAAAAAUCUCGGGCAGGAUGUCUCGAGUGUAAACGCCGACAUAUCAAGUGCGAUGAGACUCACCCGGCUUGCGGGAACUGCACAAUUAGCUCGAGACAAUGCUCGUUUUUAUCUUCGCGACCGGUCCUUCCGCCCGGGUACAGACGUCAGGCAAAGUCCGCAAGCCCGAGCUGCCUCCGAUAUUCGUCAAAUGCAUCGACGACAGCUUCUGUAGCGUCUUCUCCAAUUAGUUCGAAUUAUGAACCAGCAAUUAUCCAGGACGUCAACAUGACGCACAUAGAACUCUUUCACCACUGCAUUAACAGCAACUUCGACCUGCCCCCUUCGUUCGAAGACUCCGACAAGGCAGUAUCCCCAGCGAUGAUUGUGGAUGCUGCCCUGUCCUCCCCUUUUCUAAUGAACGAGAUGUUAGCUUUCGCCGCACUCCAUCUAGCCCACAUCAGACCUGAGAAAGCACGGUUCUACAAACAUCACGCAGUUGGCCUGCAAACUCAAGCGCUGAGCAUGUUCAACCGCGAGAUGACCGAUGUCACUAACGAAAACUGCCUGGAAGUGCUGGUUUUCACUUGGCUCAUGACUCUGCACACACUCUGCGAUACAACAGAGUCGGCGGAUCCACACGUUUUCCUGGAUCGGUUCAUCCACUACUUGCAGAUCCAACGGGGAGUCCGUGCCGUCACUUCGGAAGCGUGGUAUCUGAUGCUCGAGUCGAAGAUGGGCUUCGUGCUGCGAGAGCCCACCAGGAUAUUCGAGGCGGGCCCGGGGUCUCAUACGACGGAGCUGGAAGCCUGUAUCCACAACUCGCCGUCGUUGGACAUCGCAGAGAAGACGGUGUGCAAGGACGCCCUCGACAGGAUCCAAUGGUUCCUCAGCAGAGCUGACGACGCAAAGAAAAACGGUACCCCUCUGGGGACAUCAUUCUUGUCCUUGGUGUCCUGGCCGGUCAUAAUCGAAGCCGAUUUAUUUCGGCUCAUAUCGGAGAGCAAACCGGAGGCUCUGCUCGUCCUCGCGUAUUACGCCAUACCGCUACACUUGUGCCGAGACGUAUGGAUUAUUAAAGACGCUGGCCAGCUGCUAGUUCGGAGUAUUCGAUUACACCUGGACCAAAGGUGGCAUAAAUGGUUAGACUGGCCAGAGGCUCUGAUGGAUAUGUUAUCAUAG